AUGUGGUCUCUUCAGAAAAGGCCUCCUCCAAAUGGUGAGGUACUACAGAGUGAGGUCAGCAACAUGGCUGAAGAAGACAUCCCUGUGGCCAAGUGGCUCAGGGGUGGUGGCCUUGUGGACUCAGAGAUACAGAUCUUUAUGAAGACCCUGACAGGCAAGACCACCACCCUCGAGGAUGAGCCCAGUGACAUGACUGAGAAUAUCAAAGCCAAAAUCAAAGACAAGGAAGAAUACACCUUGUACUUGGUGCUUCACCUGCAGGGUGGCAUCACUGAGCCCUUCCUCUGCCAGCUGGCCCAGAAAUGUAACUGUGACAAGAUGAUCUGCUUCCAGUGUUAUGCUCGCCUACACCCCUGUGCUGUCAAUUGCCACAAGCAGGGUGGCCACACCAAAAACCUGCACCCCAAGAAGAAGGUAAAAUAA